AUGGCCUCGGGCACAGCUAACACCAUGAGGAAGGAAGCCACCUGCCCCAUCUGCCUGGAGCUGAUGACUGAGCCAGUGAUGACAGAAUGUGGGCACAUCUACUGCCGUGCUUGCAUAAUGAAUAAUCUUGAGAACCAGCAACAGCGGUCACCUUCCCAGGAUAACUUCCACUGUCCUAUAUGCAGAGCACAGUGUCCGAGGGAGAGCAUCCGGCCCAGCAAGCAGUUAGGAAACAUCAUUGAAACCAUUAAGAAAAUGGAUCAGGAAAAUUUGUGUGAAGAACACGGAGAGAAGCUCUACUUGUUCUGUGAAAAUGAUGAGCAACUCAUCUGCUGGUGUUGUGAGCGGACACCACAGCACAAAGGGCACACCACGGUCCUUGCAGCACUUGCAUAUGAAGAAUACAAGGAUAUCUUCCAGGAAACUUUGACAUACCUGAGGAAACUCAAAGACCAAAAUAAGGAAUGGCAAGAGAGCAUAAGAGAACAAAUAACAAAACUUGAGUCUGAAAUACUGCAUGAAAAAAAAGCAAGGCAGUUUGGCUUUAAGGAAAUUCACCAGAUCCUAUACAUGGAGGAGAACACUUUUAUAUGGAAACUGGAGAAUGAAGAAAAGAAAGUUCUGAAGACACUGCAGGACAGUGAAGCCCAGCUGGAGGAGCAAAGCCAGGAACUCAAUCACAACAUCCUGGAACUGGAGAGGAAAUGUCAGGGCUCAGCCCAGGAGAUACUGCAGGAUGUGACAGACACUUUGGACAGGAUAUCUCUUGUGAUUUUAAAUGCACCAGAGGAUGUCUCAUUGGAUAUUCCGUCUAUGCCGGAUCUUGAUAACAUUUUCAGUGAAUUUAUAGAAGUGGUUGAAACUUAUUUUGUUACAGUUACUCUUGAUCUAGAUACAGCGCACAAUGGCCUACUUGUGAAUGAGGAUGAAAAAACGGUGACCAGUGGACCCCCCCAAGUGAAGCAUGAGACUCCUGCUAGAUUUAAAGACUUACCCUGUGUCCUGGGAUGUGAGGCCUUCACCUCAGGAAAACAUUCCUUUAGAAUAAAUAAUACAACAAGAUCCGAGUGGGAUAUAGGAGUGUGUCUGGAAAAUGUGCCAAGGGACAAUGACAUGAGACGGGAUCCUGAGUCUGGAUUCUGGGCCAUCAGAUGCUGUGGACAGAGGGACUAUGUAGCCCUUACAUCUCCCCUAACUCCACUCCAUCUGGAGGAGGAGCUUAGGUGUCUAAGGGUUUUCCUGGACUAUGAGGCUGGACUUGUCUCCUUUUACAACUCGGAUACUAGCUCCCACAUCUUCACCUUCCCACAGGCCUCUUUCUCUGAGCCUCUCAAGCCUUAUUUCCGCAUUGGUGAAGAAUCCAGCAUGGUUACUUCAGAGUUACCAGUAUUACAGAAUUCAACCAGUGAAACUACUGCCUAUUCAGAUGCUAGUACUGAACUUGAAGAAACAAUACCAUGUUGCUAUGCUGAGAUUAGAGCCAUUUGUAUUGAAGAAACUGGAGUGUGCAUGAAAAUGUAUAGUGAUGCCUUCCUAAAUGACCGUUACAUUAAAUAUGUUGGCUGGACUCUUCAUGACAAGAAAGGAGAAGUCAGGCUGAAGUGUUUGAAAGCUCUACAGAAUUCGUAUACCAACCAACAAUGA